UUUCGAGCGGAAGUGGAGUCUUUUCAAGCGGAAGUGGCCGAAAUGUGCGAAGCUGAAGAAGGAGACUGCGGCGGAGGGCAGUUAUGGAGGCCUCCCCGGAGAAGCCGCCCCUUGAAAUGCAUGAAGUGCAAAGAAGGUUCCCCGGUGUUAAUCAUUCGUGUUGGAGACGCUUUUUGCAAGACCUGUUUCAAGGAUUAUUACAUCCACAAGUUUCGUGCCACUCUUGGGAAAAAUCGAUGCAUCUAUCCUGGAGAAAAGGUUCUCCUCGCUUUUUCGGGUGGCCCUGCCUCAAGUUCGAUGGUGCGGCAAGUGCAAGAGGGCCUGAGUCAAGGAGCAGCCAAGAAACUCCGCUUCAAGCCAGGAAUCGUCUACAUUGAUGAAGGAGCUGUGUGUGGACAGAGCAUGGCUGCUCGAGAGGACAUCUGUAGUGAAGUGGAAAGGAUCUUGCAAACCACUGGGUUCCCCUAUCACUUGGUGCAUUUGGAAGAGGUGUUUGACCUUUCCAGUUCUGUCCUCCACUCAGUUUCCCAUGAAAUACCUGACCAGAGCCACACCUAUAAGGAAGCUGUAGAUGACUUCAUAAAACAGCAGCGUGAAAAGGAAAGAGAUGCAGGAGAACUCUUUUUGAAGGACCAGCAGGGAGAGUUUAACCUGCAAGACUCUUCCAAGGAAGAAGAUUUUGUAGAUCCAGGAAAGGAGGUGCCCGCAGUUUCCCAUACAGAGGAACUGAUCAAUCUCUUUCAGACUGUGAAAACUCUGACGGCCAAAGAAGAAUUAUUACAGACCCUCCGGACCCACCUCAUCCUCCACGUGGCGCGGACACAUGGAUACAGCAAGGUGAUGAUGGGAGAAAGCUGCACCCGUGUGGCAGUCAAGCUCCUAACCAACCUCUGCCUAGGACGCGGGGCCUUUCUUGCUGCAGAUACGGGCUUCUCGGACAACCGGUACGGUGAUGUGCUGUUCCUGCGCCCAAUGCGGGAGUACCCUGCCAAAGAGAUUGCCUUCUACAACCGCCUCUUUGGCGUGCCCUCCGUCUUCAUACCUGCACUGGACACCAAGGCUUCUGAGAGAGCCAGCAUUCACCGGCUGAUUGAAAGUUUCCUGUACAAGCUGCAGUCUGAGUUCCCCUCCACGGUCAGCACUGUCUAUCGGACAGGGGAGAAGCUGUCUGGUGACACCGGGGGACUUUCAGAACCGACCCAAUGCCUCUUCUGCCUCUGUUCGCUGGACACAAAUGUUGUGGAUGGCUCUUCCUUGCAGUCGACACUGUUGUCCGAACAGCUCUGCAAGAAGAAGACCUCUCCGUCUCCUGGUGCAGAUGGCUGCUGUGGUGGGACUGGGGACCAAGCAGGGUGCUGCCAAAGCCCUAGGGUCACCAGGGACUCUUCUCCUCAUACGCAGAUCCUCCCAUUCCUCUGCUACAGCUGCCGCCUGACCACCAAAGAUAUGAACUGCUUGGAGUCCCUCCCGCCGUACAUCCAGUCUGAAGCUGAGCAUCGGCAAUGCAGGGCUGCAAUGAAGCGGGAAAUCCAGGAGUUUUUGCUUGAAGAGGACCCCGAGACAUCUUAAACACCAAUCUGCCUCUUUUAUGACUUUUUCUGGGUUUGGGACAAAUGAGACAGAGCACAGCUAGAGGUGCCACUUACCAGGGCUGAGAGCUGUUCUUCCUUGCUGAGUUUUAGUAUGCUUUUGAAUACAAGUAAAUUAUUUUGAAUCCCA